AACAAUUGCCUACUUCCUGAGCAAAUACAAGAGAAACCCAACUCUCUCACUCGAGUAUUUCAAGAACACACCUUGAACAAUACUCCUCACUCUGUUUCUUCACUCUCCAAUCAGACUAAUUACUUCUCUAUCUCACUUAGUAAUAGCUAACAUGCCUUUAUAUAUAGGCUUACAUGAAAACGAAAAACAGAAGAGUAACAAACUUAACUACCCAAGCUCUUGAGAGUGUGAACAUAACCGAAAUAAUUAACUGUCCAAGAAACUUGGAACUGAAUGUAACAACCUGUUUCUUUAUUUGGAUUACCAGAAAACUACAAAUUCCACCUUAAUCCAAAUAAAGCAGACAUUCUGGAGUUUCACCUCUCUCUCUCUCUCUUUCUCUACUCCUUAGGAGGUAAGAUUCCAUUAACAUAUCAUUACAAAUUAGUUUCAAAUAUAUCUCAACAAUCACUCACAAUUUGUUAGUUUGAACAUAUUUGUUUUCUCUCAUGAAUCGUUUUCAUCAUCAAAUGUUUCUUCAUAUCCGUUACUAUGGUACUGCUUCUAUCACAAUUCCCCAAUUCCACCAAUCUUCACCUGUUGUUAAUAGAUUUCUUUCUCUCUUACAAAGAUGUGGAAGAACACUUGCUUCUAUCAAAGCCAUCCAUGCACAGCUCAUUACUCAUAAUAUGUCCAAGUAUCAGUAUUUGUGUACAAAACUCAUUGCUCUUUAUUGUGAUUUGGGUAGUUUGAGUGUUGCCCACAAUGUGUUUGAUCAAUUUUCUCAACCAAAAACCAUUUUGUGCAAUGCUUUGAUUAAUGGGUAUUUGAAAAAUGAGCUGUAUUUUGAGGCAAUUGAGUUGUUUAAAAUGAUGGGGUUUUGUAAUUUGAAGAUAGAUAGUUAUACUUGUCAUUUUGUGCUUAAGUCUUGUAUUGGGUUGUCAGAUUAUGAAUUGGGUUUGGAAGUUGUCAAAUUUGCUGUUGAUAAGAAAAUUGGAAGGGAGAAGUUUUUGGGGACUGCAAUAAUUAAUUUUUUGGUGAGGUUUGGUAAAUUAGAUGAUGCAAGAAGGGUUUUUGAUGGGAUGAUUGAAAGAGAUGUUGUUUGUUGGAAUUCUAUGAUUAGUGGUUAUGUUCAAGCUGAUCAGUUUAAUGAAGCAUUUUUUAUGUUCUUUAAGAUGAGGAAUUGUGGUAUUAACCCAAGUGCACUAACCAUAGUUAGUUUGAUUCAAGCUUGUGCUAGAAGUGGGAAUUUAGAGCUUGGAAAAUGUGUUCAUGGUUGUGCCAUUGAAUUGGGUAUGACAAAUGAUGUUUUGGUGGUUACCUCAUUCAUCAAUAUGUAUAGUAAUUUGGGUGAAAUUGAGAGUGCUCACUUGGUGUUUGAGACAAUGCCAAAUAGAAAUUUGGUCUCCUGGAAUGCCAUGAUCUUGGGAUUUGUUCAAAAUGGUUUGGUGCUUGAAUCUAUUUCCUUGUUCAAUAGACUAGUCACAAGUGGUUGCGGAUUUGAUUCACGAACCAUAGUGAGCCUUCUUCAAGGUUGUUCUCAAAUUGCUGAUCUAAAAUGUGGAAAAAUCCUUCAUGGUUGUAUUUUCAGAAGGGGUAUUGAAUUGAAUGUCAUUUUGUCUACUGCAAUUGUUGAUCUCUAUUCUAAAUGUGGUGCCUUAAAGGAAGCAACUUUCGUCUUCGAUAGAAUGGAAAAGAGGAAUGUCGUCACGUGGACUGCUAUGCUUGUAGGAUUGGCACAAAAUGGGCUUGCAGAGGAAGCCCUGAAACUGUUUCAUCAAAUGCAAGUAGAGGGGGUUGUGGCCAAUUCAGUAACUCUUGUUAGUUUAGUUCAAUCUUGUGCUCACUUGGGUUGUUUGAGGAAAGGAAGAAGUGUUCAUGCUCAUUUGAUUCGUUGUGGAUAUGUGUUCGAUGUUGUUCACAUGACAGCAUUGAUUGAUAUGUAUGCAAAGUGUGGAAAAAUCAGACCUGCUGAAUUGAUUUUUAAUAAAGGUUCCAUUUUUGAAGAUGUUAUUAUAUGGAACUCUAUGAUAACAGCUUAUAGUAUUCAUGGUCAUGGCGAUAAAGCUGUUGAACUCUAUCGAAAAAUGAUGGUUGAAGGAGUUGAGCCAAAUGAAACCUCUUUUCUUGCUCUUUUAACUGCUUGUAGUCACUCAGGACUUGUGGAAGAGGGAAUAAGAUUAUUUCAUAGCAUGGAAAGAGACCACAAAAUCAGGCCUACCGAUAAGCACUAUGCGAGCUUUGUGGAUCUUCUGAGCCGAGCAGGUCGUUUUGAAGAAGCUGAGACAUUGGUCACACAAGUGCCUUUCGAACCUGGAAGUUCUAUUCUUCAACCUUUGUUAAAUGGAUGUUUAACUCACAAGAACUUCGAUUUGGGUUUACGAACAGCUGAUAGAUUACUUAGUUUAGACUCUCUAAAUUCUGGGAUUUAUGUUGUCUUAUCAAACAUCUAUGCCCAAGCAAAACAAUGGGAUGCAGUAAACCAUGUUCGAAGCCUUAUGAGAACACAAGGAUUAAAGAAAACGCCAGGAUAUAGCUCGAUCGAGGUAGAAAGUAAAGUUUAUACAUUUUUUGCAGCAGACGAUUUGCAUCCUAACUGGGCAGAGAUUUCUGAGUAUUUAGAGAAUUUAAGAUUAGAAGUAGAAGCAUCUGGCUAUGUGCCGGAUACAAGUUGUGUUCUUCGCGAUGUUGAUGAGCCAAUGAAGAUUAAGCUGCUAUGGGGCCAUAGUGAGAGACUAGCUAUUGCAUUUGGACUCUUAAGCACACCAGCAGGAAGCUCAAUUAGGAUUACCAAGAACCUACGUGUUUGUAAUGAUUGUCAUAAUGUGACUAAAUACAUUUCCAAGAUAGCCAGGAGGGAACUAAUUGUUAGAGAUGCCAAUCGUUUUCAUCACUUUGUCAAUGGUGUUUGCUCUUGUAAUGAUUAUUGGUAAUAAGAAACAAGAUUUGCCAACACAUUGGAAUAUUGUUUUCUGUUGUUGAGUACUCUUAUCAUAAACAGCCAACAAAGAUUUUAGAGACAAGAAAUUGAAAAGGGACAGUAACUUGAAGCCUCUAUUCCCGAUUCCUCCCAAUUCAACACGUACUGACUCUUUGCUAGGUUGAAUCGAUGUGGAAACGGCGUCGCAUUGGGUGCAAUCUCAGCCAUUCUACCACUGUAAGGAUUGAAAAGCAGAGCUGGAUAUUCUAACUCCACCAUUUUCUAGUAGAUUUCCUUUAGACAGGGCCGGCCCUUAAACAAACUGGGCCAUAGGGAAAAAAAAAUUUUUUGGCCCUUAUGUUAGAAACAAUGUGGUAUUUUUCAAAAUCAGUAAAAAAAAUUGUAUAAUUUUAAAGAGGAAAAAAAAAAAUUUGGGCCCCAGGACUGGGUGGGCCCUAGGCACAGGCCUAGCCCGCCUAUGCCCAGGGCUGGGCCUGCCUUUAGACCAUCUUUGGAAAUCGGUUUCUUCAAAUAAUCAGAUUUUCUUUUCAA